AUGGCAGCUACAGUGAAAGCAAUCUGUCUACUAUUCGUGAUUUGCAUUGCCGCUGGGGUAAAUAGCAAUCCGCUCACCAAGGGUAGGCGGAAGACGGGCCAGAAUCCCGUAGGGCCUCCUCAGAAACAGACCAUGUUCGAUUUCCCGGUAGAACAAGGGACAGGUCCAAGCUUUGUUGAUCCUGUUUCUGUUGGUCCGAGCUUCACUAGUAGUUCUGUCAUCCUCACAAUGCCAGAUUCCUCCUCCUCCGAAGAAGUGUCCGAGAUGGACUUUGACAUGGAUACCAAUGAAGUCGAUGCUGCCCCAUCGGUCUUAUUUGGAAGGAACAGGAAUCGAAUCAGCGGGGACAUGCGUGGCCUUCUCCCCGGGAAUGGAAGACAACAGGGUUUCGCUGAUGUAGAAGCAGGGCAAUAUGAUGAACUCAUGUCCAGGACCGCUGGAUCAUCAGGAAGGGGUGUUGGUAUUGCCUUUGGGGUUAUUGGACUAAUUGCUCUAGUUGUAGCUGUCGCUUUCUUCACAAUCAGAAGAUACAGGCACGAGAUUCCAGUGUUGGUCCGUACAUAA